CUUCUGCCUCCUCCUCCUCCUCUUGGUCUUGACACCAAAAUUCCUGCCACACACACACCCAACCUUUUGGAAGAUCUCCUCUCCGAGGGUUGGGUAGGUUCUGCACUUCCCGGGAUCUGAGUCCAGCCAUACGUAGGGUCUGAGGCACUGAGGGAUUCCUACACCGGUGAUCAAGAUCAAUAUCUUCCUCACGGUUUUGGUAUUUAUAGUUCCUUCUGACCUCGCCCGGAUCACAACAGAAAGCCGUCAUGCCUCUGGGAACACCUGCCCCCCUAAACAAGCGGAAAAAGCCCUCCAAGAUCAUAACUGACCUAUCACAUAUCAGCCAGAUUGAGUGUGAAGCAGAGCCAGAGGCAUCAGAGCUGGACCUGGGAAAAAAGAUCCGGACUCCCAGAGACAUCAUGUUGGAGGAGCUUUCACUGAUGAAGAACAAAGGCUCAAAGAUGUUCAAGAUGAGGCAGCAGAGAGUUGAGAAGUUCAUCUACGAGAACAACCCCGACAUCUUCACCAGCGAUUCAAUGGACAACUUCCAGAAGUUUGUCCCCUCUCUGGGAUGUCAAAUUGGAGGUCAGAUAAUAAAUGUUGGGGGGCACUUUGUAAGCAAAGAGUCUGGUCACCCGUAUUUAGGAGCCAUACAUGUAGGAGGAGGAGCUCCGGUGCCUCCCCCAAAACCUGGAAGCAAAGGAGCAGGAGGUGCAGGAGGAGCAGGAGGUGCAGGAGGAGCAGGAGGAGCAGGAGGACUGGGUGGAGAUGACAAAGAGAUAAGAGGAGAUGGAAUAAGUGUGAGGUCCUCACAAAAAGGAGGUGGAAAAGAUGGAACCAAGAUGGAGCUUCACAUCAAGACGUACGUGUCACCAUGGGAGAAGGCCAUGAAGGGUGAUGAGAAUCUGCUAGCCACUCUAAAAUUUGCAAUGCCCGGUCCCAUUGAACAAAAGGAUAUGCCUAGAUACAAGAGCUUCAACAGAAUGGCCAUGCCCUUUGGUGGAUUUGACAAAGCCAACCAGCUCAUGAAAUUCCAGCUGCCAGAAACUGAGUUGACCAAAGAGGAGCCUGAGCCUGCAGUUGUGUACCAACACGACAUCGGCUGCCGACCCUCGUUCAACCGCACCCCCAUCGGCUGGGUGGGCAGCAGCGAGCCUGGCAGCAUCCACAUGGAGGCGGAUGUCGUUCCCUUUGAUGGAGAAACUGAUGAGCUGUGAAAACAUAAUCAUAAUGUGAUAAUCACUGUUCACUAUACAUACACAAGUGAGUGUGACUGUAUGGAUAAACUUCAGCAUGCACACACACACAUACACACACACACACACACACACACACACACACACACACACACACACACACACACACACACACACACAAUGAGAAAGCUUAAGAGUUAUCUGUGGAAUUUGAAAGUGUGAAUAACUGAAAAUGUACAUGACUUGUAGUCAUGCUUUGCCCUGCUUUAAGUCAAAAAAGCUGUAAUGUUAUUAAAACAUCUAAACGACAGCAUGGGUUUGUAAGAAAAAGUUCAGAAGUUUCUGAUGUUGUCAGUGAAGAAAGAAGGAAUUAUGUGUGAACAAGGAGAUUUCUGCUGCUAAUUUUGUGCAUGCUCAACGUGAAACUGUCAAACCACUUGUUAUCUCCUACCUUUUUGUCAAAACUCAGAUUAUUGUAGAAGCAUAAAAACCCUCUCGAUCUUUUACUCGGGUGAGCACACUUUUGUUGAGUUUUGUGCAAAACAGUUUUGUUGCAAUAAAUUCUAAAUCUCUGCUUUUUUUUAAAGAAAAAAUGUUAGGAAGAGUAAAAAAUCUAAAUACUCCACCUAGAACUGAUUAAAAAAACAAAAUUUAGUGAGAAUAUUUUAGAAAAAUUGCUCUGAUAUGACAAUUUUGAAAAGAAAUGUACUUAAACUUUUAAACUGAUGCUGUUCUCUCAAGCUGCUGAGGAUAAUCUUAUUCAAACACACAGAAUGUAUCAAUGUUUCCUGUACACAAGUAAAUAAAACUAAGUCUUGUUUCAUUUUA